GCUGCAAUAAAGCAAUAUAGAAGAGAUAUAGUACUUGAAACUUCAAGUACUACUUCAUAUAUAAAACCUCUAAUGAAUUCAACAGUCUUAACAGUUAAUAAUUAUAGUUAUCAUAGUAUUAAUUAUACAGAAUCAGCUUCAUCAUAUCAUACUUUAACAACAUCUUUACCAGUUCGAUCAAUAGUAACACCAAUAAGUGUGUCAAACAGUAAAACAUAG